AUGCAGAACAUGAGACUCGAAGUCAUACAAGAACUCCUGGAAUCCUCCUUGUCAUGUGACUCGGAGGAAAUCACUGACACAAACUCUCGAUGGAUGCGUCGUUUAAAGAAAGCCUCCAUCUGCACACGUUAUCAUUAUUAUCACUGCCAAGGUUUUCUCACCGGAAGUCUGAAGGACAGACUGGACGAGCUGUGGUUCACCUUAUACACGAGAAAGAAUAUCCUCAGCUCAUCCGGGUUCGAGCACGUCUUCGCUGGAGAGAUGAGAGGACAGAAGGUUUUGGGUUUGCACAACUGGGUGUACUUUUUGCACAAAGAACGGGAAGGUGACAUCAAUUACAUGCGAUGGUUAAACUUCAUUGAUCUUGGAGACAAGGGGGAAAUUGUCAAGGUCGCCUACAAGUGGAUGGGCAAGAUGAAGAAAGCAGGUUCCAUGUUCGUGGGAACGUCGCCGGAACUGGACUUGGCCGUGUACACUCUGUGCAUCCUCACGCGGCCGAACAGGGGCUGUCCUGUGCAGAUGAACGGGCACAAGUUCAACAUCCAGACCUGGAUUCAGAAAUCGGAUGGGAAGGAGCUGGUCGGGGCGGCAUUCCCCGCUAUCUAGGCGUGGUGGUAGGGUGACGGAAGUGGGAAGGAUGGCUUCCGGUGUUGUGUCCAGAGUAGAUGUGUGUGGUAUGAGCUCAAAGCUGAACCUGGUAUGAAUAAAGGACGCCUUACACACGCACGUUCGCACGCACGCACCCACACCCACACCCACACACACACACACACACACACACACACACACACACACACACACACACACACACACACACACACACACACACUUACACACAAACACACACACACAAACACAUUUAUUUCAACCAGUAAAAUAAAUCAGGCCAGAGUGUUAUUGUGAAUUAAAAGAACAUUUUAAAAAUAGAACCAGAGGUUAGGCUUCCACCAUGGUUGUUUUUCGCCCCCACUCGACUUUCGUCUAACGAGCAGAAUAACUUAGGAGACUGGAGGGUUAGCACUGGGACUCUGGGAUCGCCCCUUUAUUCGAGCUGCAAGACCUACCGAGUUGUGUAGAGUGAAUGUUUAUGACCACAAAAACUAAAGGCAAUAAUAUGUGGAAGAGAAAUGUAAUGGUUAUAUAGUCUUUGGAUUUAUUUUGCUGGUCCGUCUUAGCUUUAUUUUAUUUUGUAGUCUCAUUUUAUGUUCCGUUUCUUAGCUUCUCUUAUCAUGUUAUUACAUUAUGUUGUCUCAGUUUCUUUUGUAUCCUUAUUUUGUUUCGCUUCUUAUCUUUUAUUGCCUAGACGCAAUGAAAUCUUCAAAAUCACUACACUAUCACAACCUGAUUGGUGUUUAUUAUACUUAGAAACUCUAAAAUUGCACCUUAUGGGAUAACUUACCUCCGACUGCAGCUUCCAGAUCGUUCUAUAUGUGAAAUGUAACGGUAAGGAGCAGUUAGGAGUGAUUUUUAUAUGUGUUUAUUCUUAAUAAAGGCUUCAAUAGUUAAAGAAAUUAAA